UUUGCAUGCAAUGCGCUCUUGGUUGGAGGAAAAGGCUAAGAAGGAAAAAAAUAAAAGAAACAAAAGAGAAAAAACAAAGGCUGGAUGCUGACGGCACUCUCACAGAUGCCGCUUCCUUGCUCCAGUUCUAUUACUUCUUCCUCAUCUGCAUCUUCUUUGGGGUUGUGUCUCCGCCUCUUCUUCGCCUCUCCCGCAUUUUCUCCAGGUUGCGGGUGCAAUUUUUCUUCUCUUUCGUCCUCUCCUCUCAGGGCGCUCUGCGUCUCCCCUGCUUCCCGGAGCAUCGCCGUCCUGAAGCGGGCGACAUCCAGUAACGCAUUCUCUGCGAUGGCUUCCGCUUUCAAGCCCGAGGAGUCCCGACGACCUCCCGCCAUCCCCUUGCCCCCACCACCCAUCCAAAAGUUCAAGAUUGCUCUUUGCCAGUUGUUAGUUACUGCAGACAAAGAGAAGAACAUUGCCCAUGCACGCAAAGCAAUUGAAGAAGCAGCAGACAAGGGUGCUAAGCUAGUUGUCCUGCCUGAAAUCUGGAACAGUCCAUAUUCAAAUGAUAGCUUUCCAGUGUAUGCGGAAGAAAUUGAUGCUGGUGGUGAUGCUUCUCCAUCAUCCGCAAUGCUAUCUGAAGUUGCUCGCAGUAAGCAGAUCACAAUAGUUGGUGGGUCUAUACCAGAACGCUUUGGUGAUCGGUUAUACAAUACUUGUUGCAUAUUUGGUUCAGAUGGAAAGCUGAAAGCUAAGCAUCGAAAGAUACACCUAUUUGACAUUGACAUUCCAGGAAAGAUUACUUUCAAGGAAUCAAAAACCCUUACUGCAGGAGAAACACCGACUAUAGUAGAUACAGAUGUGGGGAGAAUUGGUGUUGGUAUCUGCUAUGAUAUCCGCUUUCAAGAACUAGGCAUGUUAUAUGGCGCAAGAGGAGCUCAUCUCUUAUGCUACCCUGGAGCAUUUAACAUGACCACUGGUCCCUUACAUUGGGAACUACUACAGCGAGCAAGGGCAGUUGAUAACCAGGUAUUUGUAGCAACAUGUUCACCUGCUCGAGAUGCUGGUGCUGGUUACGUUGCCUGGGGUCACUCUACCCUUGUUGGACCUUUUGGAGAAAUCAUUGCAACAACUGAGCACGAAGAGAUGACCAUAGUAGCUGAGGUUGAUUACUCACAGAUUGAAUUGAGAAGAAUGAGCCUUCCUCUGGAGAAGCAAAGGCGUGGAGAUUUGUAUCAACUUGUUGACAUUUGCAGAUUAAGGGAAACUGAGUAGUCUUUGAUUUGUGCCUUUACGUGGAAUGAAAUGCUAUUAGUUAAGGAACCCCAUUAGCGGGAGUUUUUGUACAACACGAAUAACUAUUCUCCACCGUGCAGAGACAGGAGUAUGCUGCUAGCUUGAUCAUCUGUAUUCUUGCUGGAUGGUUAGGUCUGAUGAAUGAUGGAAUCGUUCAAUAAAUAUGGUUGUCUUUACGA